AUGCCUACAUCGCUCAGCCUGAAGCUGUUCAUUGGUCAGGUCGGGCAGUCAUUCUGUGCAUCUCGCAAGGUGAAUCGGCUUCGUCUUGGUGUGCAUCUCCCACAUCGGUCUGAGGCCGGGGAAUCAGGUCCGAGCGUCAAUUGGGCUGAGUUGAGUACAUUUGAGGCACUGGAGGCAGAUUUACACGACCACAGUCCACCAAGGACCUUUCCCAAGUCGACAUGCCCGUCACGGGCUCCGUACUCUGGGUUUGGGUGCAUGAAAGGUGCCAUGCAUGAUGCUACGCAUCGACCGGGCAUCAAAGUCCUGACCGCAACAUCUCCACUGCCUUCGUCCAACAAGGUUGCCCUACAAAGCCACCCUGUGGGCUGUGGGGAAUCCGCCGCAUCUUCGAUCCUUUGCCCGUGA